UCAAACAGGAUGCAGACCACGCCCUGCCGGAGAUGACCGACAGAGGGCGCUGUUGAGAGUUGAGCAGGCCGAUGAUCAGCGGCUUUCCUUCCCUGCCCUUCCAGCAGCACCUCACCUUCAGCCGGCUACAAACAGCCGCCGACGCCCCUGGAAAAAAGGAACGAACACGGACGACGCUCAUUAAACCAUCCGGGGAAGGAUAAAUACUCGAUUCGACUAAUUUUUCAAAAAAUAUGUAGAGAUUAUUUUCCAGUUAGACAUCCAUUUUAGCCUGUCCGCUUCACUGCGACACAUCCUCUAGCUGCGCACUCGUCAUCUGCUCUUCGCUUCGGUUUUUCGGGAUUAACGCUCUUCAGGGGACUCAACCAAAGGCAGGAACGAAGUUUCCGUGUCCAUUUUUUGGCUUAUUUUUGACGUUUCUAAGUAUCAGGCCGCGGGUCCGCCUCUCGCCUCCAGCUCCGGCAGCAUCCUCGCAUCCGUCCAGCAUCCUCUGAAUCUGCGCCAUGGCCGAUAUCCCUGCAGAGUGCAACAUAAAAGUGCUGUGUCGCUUUCGUCCGCUCAACCAGGCGGAGAUUUUGCGAGGGGACCUGUUUCUACCCAAAUUCCAGGCUGAUGAUACUGUCAUCGUCGGGGGGAAGCCCUAUGCAUUUGACCGUGUGUUUCCAACCAAUACCACCCAGGAGCAAGUGUACAACACCUGCGCCAAGCAAAUCGUCAAGGAUGUGCUGUGUGGCUACAAUGGCACCAUCUUUGCAUAUGGACAAACCUCCUCCGGGAAAACUCACACCAUGGAGGGUAAGCUGCAUGACCCUCACCAGAUGGGUAUCAUCCCUCGCAUUGCUGAGGAUAUCUUCAACCACAUCUUUGCCAUGGACGAAAACCUUGAAUUUCACAUUAAGGUUUCUUACUUUGAAAUCUACAUGGAUAAAAUCCGCGAUCUGUUGGAUGUGACAAAAACCAACCUGUCCGUCCACGAGGAUAAGAACAGGGUUCCAUAUGUGAAGGGAUGCACCGAGCGCUUUGUCUCGAGCCCCGAUGAGGUCAUGGAUGUGAUUGAUGAGGGGAAGGCCAACCGCCAUGUUGCUGUGACCAACAUGAAUGAGCACAGCUCUCGCAGCCACAGCAUCUUUCUGAUCAACAUCAAGCAGGAGCACGUGGAAACGGAGCAGAAGCUGUGUGGAAAACUCUACCUAGUGGAUCUGGCUGGCAGUGAGAAGGUUAGCAAGACAGGAGCUGCAGGCUCUGUCCUGGAUGAGGCCAAAAACAUCAACAAGUCUCUUUCUGCUCUUGGCAAUGUCAUCUCUGCCUUGGCUGAGGGAACAAAAACUCAUGUUCCGUAUCGUGACAGCAAAAUGACCCGCAUCCUGCAGGACUCUCUGGGUGGAAACUGUCGCACCACCAUGUUCAUCUGCUGCUCUCCAUCCAGCUACAAUGAAGCAGAGACUAAAUCGACUCUGAUGUUUGGACAGCGUGCUAAGACAAUCAGGAACACUGCUUCCAUCAACCUGGAGCUGACAGCAGAGCAGUGGAAGAGGAAGUACGAGAAGGAGAAAGAGAAGAACAAGACUCUGAAGGACACCAUUCAGAAGCUGGAGGCUGAGCUCAACCGCUGGAGGAAUGGAGAGGACGUACCGGAGACGGAGCGCACCUCAUCAGACGUGGUGAUCCGUAAUGAGACUGUGGAGGAGCGCCCCAUUUUGGACAACGACACCUCGUCCAUCGUGGUCCGUAUUUCUGAGGAGGAGCGACAGAAGUACGAGGAGGAGAUCCGCAAGCUGUACAAGCAGCUGGAUGACAAGGAUGAUGAGAUCAACCUUCAGUGUCAGCUGGUGGAGAAGCUGAAGCAGCAGAUGUUGGAUCAAGACGAGCUCCUGGCCUCCUCCAGAGGGGACGGCGACAAGGUCCAGGCUGAGCUCGGCCGGCUUCAGAUCGAGAGCGACUGCGCCAAAGCUGAGGUGAAGGAGGUGCUUCAGGCUCUGGAAGAACUGGCCAUCAAUUAUGACCAAAAGAGCCAGGAGGUGGAGGAGAAGGGCCUGCAGAAUCAGCUGCUGGCUGACCAGCUGGCACAGAAAAUGGCAAAUUUAAUGGAGCUGGAGGCAGAGCUGUCCCGUAUGCAGGAAGUGAGCGGUCAGCAGAGGAAGCGCAUCGCCGACGUCCUCAAUGGACUCAUGAGGGACCUCAGCGAGUUCAGCGCCAUCGUGGGGAACGGAGAGAUCAAGCUGCCUGUGGAGAUCAGCGGCGCUAUUGAGGAGGAGUUUACCGUGGCCCGUCUGUACAUCAGCAAGAUCAAGUCAGAGGUGAAGAGCAUGGUGAAGCGCUGCCGUCAGCUGGAGAACCUGCAGCUGGAGUGUCACCGCAAGAUGGAGGAGACUGGCAGGGAGCUGUCUUCUUGCCAGCUUCUCAUCUCUCAGCAUGAGGCAAAGAUCCGCUCUCUGACGGAGUACAUGCAGAGUGUGGAGCAGAAGAAGAGGCAGCUGGAGGAGAGCCACGACUCUCUGAGCGAGGAGCUCGCCAAGCUGCAGGACCAGGAUAACUCACUGCUUGACGAGAAGGCGGCCGAGAAGGGCGAGACUGAAGAUGGAAAUGUAAAGAAACCGUCUCGUCAGCAAGUGGAGUCUCACCGCGGUCUGCACCACAAGCAGCUGGCCCGCCUGAGGGAUGAGAUCAACGAGAAGCAGAGGGUCAUUGAUGAGCUCACUGAUCGUAACUCCAAGCUGGAGCUGGAGUUGGCUCAAGUGCGAGCUGACUUUGAGCGCCUGAAGAGUCAGGACAGCACCAAGACUGAGCGUCUGGAGGAGCUCUCAUUCCUGCAUGAGCGCCACGAGCAGACCAAACAGGACUUGAAGGGUCUGGAGGAGACUGUCGCCCGCGAACUCCAGACCCUCCACAACCUGCGCAAGCUGUUCGUUCAAGACCUCACGUCGCGGGUUAAAAAAAGUUCCGAAAUGGAGCCUGAUGAUAGCGGGGGGUCUUGCACCCAGAAGCAGAAGAUUUCCUUUCUUGAGAAUAACUUGGACCAACUUACAAAGGUUCACAAACAGCUGGUUCGUGACAAUGCAGAUCUGCGCUGUGAGCUUCCAAAGCUGGAGAAACGUCUUCGGUCUACUGCUGAGAGAGUUAAGGCCCUGGAGACUGCACUGAGGGAUGCAAAAGAGGGCGCCAUGAUGGACCGCCGCCGCUACCAGCAAGAGGUCGAUCGCAUCAAAGAGGCCAUGAGGGCAAAGAAUGCCCUACGGCGCCCACAUGCGGCACAGAUUGCAAAGCCAGUGAGGCCAAAGCAGCUGCCCGUGUGCUCUCCCACAAACCCUUUCUACACGUACAUCCGCGCCACUGAACAGGGCAACACCUACAGCAACGCCCUCUUCCAGGGCAGCAAUGUCCAUCAGAGCUCCGCCAAUGUCAACUGCAACCCCAACUCAGUCCAGAGCAACUCAGUUUCCACAGCGUUGGGCUACAGAGCAGGAAGAUAUAAUGGGGACAUUUUGGAGUCUUACCCGCUCAACAUUGACAAUGGCAACACUAUCAGCGAAACCAGAGACAUAAAUGAUAACAGGAGUGAGGUGCACUGCAGCAGCGAGGUGGAUGAUUCAAACAGGCACUACAUCGUUCAGCAGGAGACUGCUGCAAGUUAAUGUCAUGAAGAUGACCAAACACUGUUUCCUGUCUGAGGACCCUACCUUUGGAGUUGCAUGCAGCCUUUCUUUCUGUCCCUCCACUGCAUCCCCACUGAACAUGUUGAUGAACAUCUGUAGCCCUGUAGUCUUUUAACUAGAUGAAGCUCCGCCUCCUCCUCCUACUAUGGUAACACUCUUGCCUUCAGGUUUGGGCUUCAGUCCCUUCCAGAUCAGCCAGUUCCAAAACCCAAUCAAAUCUUUAUUUUUAUUUAGGAACCACAAUAUCAAAUAAAGCUGACUUCUUGAUCCUCGAUCGGGCAAGUUUGUAGCAGAUAUCAUCAGUUAUCUCCUAAAUAUUUAAAGUGAAACAGGGCUGACCCCAUUCCUGACUGCUUGGUACUCACACCACAUUGUAAAUAAUAGUGCAGUAUACUCUAGUAGAGGUUUUUGACCAGCAACUGUUUGUGUGAAUACACAGCUUCCUUUAUCCGUUGCAUCUAUUUUCUCAAGGCCAUCACGUGGAUGACAUACUGUAGGCAGUAAUGACCUUUUCUCUCCGUCGUAAAUAAGAGUGCGUAGCUUGUUCGAGAAGCCUCACACUCUCCGUGCAUGUCGCUUAACGGGUAAGCUUUCAAACCUUCGCAUGUGUCAUGACUCCAGUCUGGAGGUGGAAUGCUGUGAGUGAAGUCUGAUCGACUCCAACAGAUGCCACAAACAGAGUGAGAGCUGGCUUCCCUUACUCCUGAUCCCGCUAUCUGUUUUUGUGAAUGUUUUAAUUUAUUUUUUUUAAAAGGGAAGAAAAUAUCAAAUCAGCAACUUGAGUUUAUUUUACUUUGAUAGUAUUAAUGAUUUUUCGCAAAUGAGGGAUGUCCAGCUCUGGUACUUUUAGUAAAAGUUUCUUUCCACCUUGUGGUUACUGAGCCUUAACAUAAAGUGAUGUCUCACAAUCAACUCCCUUGCAUACAUUUGUAAUUACUACCUCUAGAGCAGCUUAUAUAAUCCUCUAAUAUCAUUCUAUUCUAUACUAAAGAAGAGUUUUAGCUUUAGAGAUCUAGAAUCAGAUAUUUGUCUUAGCGGAGCGAUCCUCUCCAGCAGGUUUAUUUCUGCACAUUUUGCCCACAUUUUUUAAUCCGAUCCACAGUAACUGUCACCUCCAGGAAGCAGAGUAUCAGAAGCUUUUAAAUUCACGACAAAAUGGUAAAUAUAAUAGCUGUAACUCUUGACCAACUAAAUCGAAUGCAUAUUUGCAGAUUUUCUUUUAGGUUUUGACCAAAAACGUUUUUUAAACUGUUGGAGGAGAAGACUUUAUUUCAUGAUCAAAUGCUAUAAUUUGGAUCCGUGGGGGGUUCAGUGGUCUGAAAGUUACUGCAGGAGUGUUUCCAGCUGAGCAGCCACCAGUCUGGGACUCUUACACAGUUUCUGUGGCCUGUCAGUUGUUCUUCUGUAAGAAAUUCUGAUCAACCAGUCAGAAUAGAAGAAAACUGCUUGCCUAGGAGCGGGUUAUGAGUAUGUGAUGAGACUCUGAAUGACUAAAUCAAGGAUUAAAUAUGAAUGAAAAGUAUUCCAACUCUGAAUUCCAUUCAUAUUUAAUGUUUGCUCUUGAUCAUAAAUGAAAAUUUUUCUCCUAUCAUCCUAAAUAUCAGAUUUAAGCAUCUGUUACCAUGCUUAAUUAACAAAAUUAGGACCCAAUGAUCGUUUAUGCUCCUCUGCUCUCCUUUAACCACACCUUCAAAAUCCUCAUGCAUGACAGUAGCAUAGACCUGAUUCUCCUACUGGCAUUAAAGCAUCUCAGGGCUUCAGAAUCAAGUGUGCAUCCCCCCUACUGUCUUCCUCCCAGAUGAUGUGAUUGCUGAUCAAUCUCGUCAGUGCGUCCUGUUUACAUUGUAAACAAAACAAUUGGCUCGCUAAAUUUCCCAUUAUAGAUUGUAGAUUUUGACUGACCUCUAAAAUAAAGGAAGCAGCACCUGAACCUGUCAAGCAGCCCACAGUUUGACAUCCUUUUUUAUUUAGUGACGAUUCUCUAUAACAGGGGAGUAAAUAUGCUUUUAUGUUCUCAAUCUGUCUGACUUCAGCAUAUCUCAGUAACAUGUGCUAUAUAUUGUUAAUCUUGUACGUACAUUAGCGUGUCAUGAUACUGUAAGUUACUUGCUGACCUUGUUUCAGAGAAAUGCAUUUAUUUAUUUCUGUAUGACUAUUACUGUAGUGUCGACAGGAUUAUGUGAAGAACCACCUGGCAAAAUAUCUGUAUAUAUAGACACAUCACUAUGCUGUACUGUCUGUGAACCUCUGUGUUGUAGUAAAAAGCUCAAUAAACUUGUAAAAAGAA